GAAUGUUAAUAUUCUUGUUUGAGAAGCUGUUCACUUGAGACAGUUAAACAAGUCCCAGCUGUGUCUGGGUACAAGUGACAGAAUGAACAAUCCAACGGAUUUUCGUCCUAUUGGAAACUUUUGCACAUGCUGCUAUGGCGGUAUGACCACUCAGAAUGAGUGGCGCUGCACCAAUAAACUCGCCCCUCAGGGAAUUUUUUUUUUAGAAAGUACUCUCUCAAAUGCAUGGGACAACGGAAGUGUUCAUGAUUGUGUAUUUUAUGUGUGAAUGUGUCUAUGUUGGAAACAGGCUGAUCGAGACCUCUGGGACGCCAGAUGGAGGGUUCUUCUUUGAGUGUCACCUAAGGCAGCUCUGAUGUCGUCAAUGGUGACCGGAAGCGAGCCGGGAAUGGCCUUGAAGCACGCACAAGAGCUUGUUGUGUGGAGGGCCGAGGACAUAUGACUAGAUGUCGAUUUGUGAGUUGAGUUGAGUUAUUGGUUCAAGCGAAUGGGGCAAAGGCAGUUCUGUUCUGCAGGUCAGUUGAAGCUGAAGAAAUCCAGGACCACCUCAGCAAGUGGCGAUGUCUCAUGGUAGAGCCGCCACACUAUAGCAGUGGAAACCUCUCACUGGAUUAUGUGAGUGGUUAUCCAACAACCUGGUCCCCUACUGGAGGAGGCAGAGAGACAGGAAGGUCCGGCGCCAUCACUCUGAGACUGUAAGGAGGGACCUUGCGAAACGCAUCCCUAGGCGUCAGACCAAAAUAAAUUGUGAAAAUAAACUUUGGAGAGUACAUUUUUCAACCUCCCCCCCCCCCCCUCGACAGUGAAGAAAAGCAUACUCGCUUAUAUUCAAACAAAGUAGACUAGUUGAUCAAGUUUAUCAAUUAACCUCUUGCAUAAUCAUAUGAUAACAUUACCUCAAGUUUAAUUGAAUCAUUCUUUCAUAUCAUGCUAAUGAUAUAUAACUAGUUACCGUCAUUGUUGCAGUUACCUUAAUUUUAGUUACAAUAGCUAUUUAAAGAGCUAGCCUAGAGAUAUGUGUAGCAAAAUCAGGCAGAUUUUGUGAACCACUAUUUGAAGACUUAUCAUUUUAAUCAAUUACGUACAAAGUACUGAUGUGGUGAAAUAUAAACAGUACUUGCAUUUUAUUCAACCAAUAGCAUACAGUUGCCUAUUGCAAGGAAAUAUUAACAUUGAGAGAGAAACAUUAGCGAGAGAGACCUGAUAUACCAUCCACCCACAUUAGGACUUGGUUCAUAGGCUAUCUGGACCAGAGGUAAGCCAUCAUUUUAGAUUUUAAUCCUUUUCAUCUUUUUUUUAUAGUGCAUGCUAGUUGUAUCUUACUUUGUAGAAUAUAUUAUUCUGUAUAUUACUUAUAUAGUGCAAUACUGUAAUUACUUAUAUUGCUUGUAUAUUACUUAUAUACUGCAUUCAUUAUACAAGUAUUAUCACAUUAAUCUAGUUCCAGGUUUUAACCAGCAUUUGUAGUCCUACUUGAACUAUAUUUUACCACAUAUGUGAACACAAUAUGUAUUGUGUACAUCAACACAAUGGUGGAUGUGUACACCAACACAAUAGUGGAUGUGUACACCAACACAAUAGUGGAUGUGUACACCAACACAAUAGUGGGUGUGUACACCAACACAAUAGUGGAUGUGUACAUCAACACAAUGGUGGAUGUGUACACCAACACAAUAGUGGAUGUGUACAUCAACACAAUGGUGGAUGUGUACACCAACACAAUAGUGGAUGUGUACAUCAACACAAUAGUGGAUGUGUACAUCAACACAAUAGUGGAUGUGUACACCAACACAAUAGUGGAUGUGUACACCAACACAAUAGUGGAUGUGUACACCAACACAAUAGUGGAUGUGUACACCAACACAAUAGUGGAUGUGUACAUCAACACAAUAGUGGAUGUGUACAUCAACACAAUAGUGGAUGUGUACAUCAACACAAUAGUGGGUGUGUACACCAACACAAUAGUGGGUGUGUACACCAACACAAUAGUGGGUGUGUACACCAACACAAUAGUGGGUGUGUACACCAACACAAUAGUGGGUGUGUACACCAACACAAUAGUGGGUGUGUACACCAACACAAUAGUGGGUGUGUACACCAACACAAUAGUGGGUGUGUACACCAACACAAUAGUGGGUGUGUACACCAACACAAUAGUGGGUGUGUACACCAACACAAUAGUGGGUGUGUACACCAACACAAUAGUGGGUGUGUACACCAACACAAUAGUGAGUGUGUACACCAACACAAUAGUGGGUGUGUACACCAACACAAUAGUGGGUGUGUACACCAACACAAUAGUGGGUGUGUACACCAACACAAUAGUGGGUGUGUACACCAACACAAUAGUGGGUGUGUACACCAACACAAUAGUGGGUGUGUACACCAACACAAUAGUGGGUGUGUACACCAACACAAUAGUGGGUGUGUACACCAACACAAUAGUGGGUGUGUACACCAACACAAUAGUGGGUGUGUACACCAACACAAUAGUGGGUGUGUACACCAACACAAUAGUGGGUGUGUACACCAACACAAUAGUGGGUGUGUACACCAACACAAUAGUGGGUGUGUACACCAACACAAUAGUGGGUGUGUACACCAACACAAUAGUGGGUGUGUACACCAACACAAUAGUGGGUGUGUACACCAACACAAUAGUGGGUGUGUACACCAACACAAUAGUGGGUGUGUACACCAACACAAUAGUGGGUGUGUACACCAACACAAUAGUGGGUGUGUACACCAACACAAUAGUGGGUGUGUACACCAACACAAUAGUGGGUGUGUACACCAACACAAUAGUGGGUGUGUACACCAACACAAUAGUGGGUGUGUACACCAACACAAUAGUGGGUGUGUACACCAACACAAUAGUGGGUGUGUACACCAACACAAUAGUGGGUGUGUACACCAACACAAUAGUGGGUGUGUACACCAACACAAUAGUGGGUGUGUACACCAACACACAAAAAAACUAUUCUAGUUUGUACCGAAUUAUUACACGAGAACUAUAAAAAAAACCCGUUGAGUCACUGCACGCGCCAGGAGGCUAUCGCCGCCCCUCCUGCUUCACCUGU